UGAAUAUGAUGCGAUUAAAAUCGAUUGACCAAUUCUAUAGGAUGUCAGCAAAGACACAGAAGGCACGAAUUGGAAAAUAAGUGAAGAAUGACGAUCUUCCUUUCGACAAUUUGCUGAAGAAAAAUAAACUCCAAAUACGCGAGGAUAUUCUGAUCUUGGGCAUGAACUUUAAAGAAUCGCAUUCGCUCGUUCAAUCAUCAUCUGCGAAAUCUGACGUCCGGAUCGCUCCAUCUGUUACUCCGAAACGUACCCUGGGUGCAUGAUGUAUCUCAAAAGCGGAAUUCCGGCAAUGCUCGGGUACAACCGGAAAAAGAGCCGGAGGGAGGAGAUUCGACCGGCCUGUCGAAGAUUGUCGAGGUCAGGUCAGGAGCGGCUCUCGCGGCGGGUUGCGAGCAAUGUGUUACCAUCAGGCCGACGUACAAAGUGGUCUGGAGAGGAGGGAGUCGCUUGAAGUCCCGUCGGUCGAAAAGCUCCUCGGCUUUGCCGCGUUCGACUCAUCGAAUCGGUUCACCCGGUCUGGGGCUCCACGCUCGCUCCGUCCGUCCGCCUUCCCGUGGCUGCCGGUUCUGGGUUCUGGUCCCUCUCAGUCGCGGCGGUGGCAUCCUGCUGCUCGCAACACAAGCCUCGGCCCGAUUUUAAAAGCGGUCGCCGCCACCGCCGCUCGCUUCCGCGCCGGUUUUUAAUCGGAUCGCGUAUUUCCAGAGUGGGCGAGGGUAUUUUUCGACCCACCACAUCUCCAGGAGCUGUCGAAACUCGCGCUUACAAAGUGUCGUCUGUGAAUGAAUUCAUGGAUUCGAUUUUGUGAUUCGUGAUGGUUUAUGCUUGCUGGAGCAGACUAUAAUGCGCGCGCGACAUUUUUUCGUCGUGAAAGCACCACGUGCGUGGACGGAAACAGUGUGGGUGGGUGGAUUUAAAAAAAACAUUUGUUCUAAAAAAUUAUCACACGCAGAUGCAUUUCGAUCGCACAAUCUCUUCGAGAUCGAUUUAGCAUGAUAUGGCGAUUCUUCACGUUGAAGCAAAGAUUUGAUAUGUUCCACAUCUUGAAGGCAGUCCUUCCGUUUUAGCAGCGAUGGGAACGAUGGGAUUGCCCAAGGGAUAUUUUCUGGCAGGGUUAAUUAUUGAAACGGCAAUGGCGGGUGCCAUGACGAGGAUGAAUCCGACCGAGGAUCCAGGGACUCCUGAAGAACGCAAAUGGGAGAGGUGACGUACCACCCAGUGAUGCGGAAACGGCGUGGAGUGGGCAGCGCCUUUCUGGGCCUCUUUGUAGGCCUGAUUCUAGGUUUUCUGAUCCUCAGCUACCGUUUGACUGUCUCCAAUCAACAACAGCUCACCAUCUGGACCUCCAUGCCCGGUUUACGGUCACCGCCAAAAGCGUCGGUCCGAAACAUACCAAGGUUAAAGGACGACGAACGAAUCAACAGCUCCACCUCGAAUCUGUUGUUCGUGGGUGUAAUGACGGCUCAAAAGUACCUGGACACGCGAGCCAAGGCUGUCUACGAAACCUGGGGCAAGGAGUUACCCGGCAAGAUAGCCUUCUUCUCGUCGGAAUCGUCAACGGUACCUGAAAACUGCCCUGAUUUGCCGUUGGUGCCUCUUCCGCGAGUGGACGAUACCUAUCCGCCGCAAAAGAAAUCCUUCAUGAUGUUGGAGUACAUGUGGAGCAACUUCGGCGAUCGCUUCGAGUGGUUCUUGAGGGCAGACGACGAUGUGUACGUAAGGACAGAUCGGUUGGAGAAGCUGUUGAGAUCCGUCGAUUCCAGAAGGGCGAUGUACAUCGGACAAGCCGGUAGAGGCAAUUCGGAAGAAUUUGGCCUGCUAUCCUUGGAAUAUGAUGAGAAUUUCUGUAUGGGUGGUCCCGGAGUGGUGCUAUCCAGAGAGACGCUCGCAAGGAUCGUACCGCACAUCAAAUACUGCCUGCGCCAUUUGUACACCACGCAUGAGGACGUCGAGCUAGGUAGAUGCGUGAAAAAAUAUGCCGGGAUUCCCUGCACUUGGAGUUACGAGAUGCAGUCCAUUCUUUAUCACAAUAGCAGCGGGGUUCAAGCAUUUACCGGAAAUCUCAAGAAAAAGGAAGUUCAUCGUGCCAUUACUUUGCAUCCUGUAAAAAGCGCGCCUCACAUGUACAGGCUGCACAAUUAUAUGAGGGGACUGCGAAUACAAGAUCUGCAGCAAGAGAGGAUUCACCUGCACAGAGACAUUCAUACGAUGGCUCAGGAAUUGGGAGUCAAUCUUGAAACCUUAAGAAAUUAUAAAAUAGCGGAUGGUGUACGUCUUUUUCCGGUUGAUCCUAAUUCCGAAGAUUACCCCGGCGACACGGACAUACUAGGUGUGCCAGCGAGUUUACGCUCAUUCAAACCGACGACGAGCGACGAAGUGAUUCCGUGGGACUUCCUUUCAAGGCUGGAAUAUAGUUUGACCGAUUCUAAUCCAAGGCGACGUAUUCAUAGCGACAUCAAGGAGGGUUUGGAAGAUAUCACAAGAGAGGUCAUGGCUUCCAUUAAUUCCUAUUCGCGGCAGCGCGGUCGCGUUGUCGAGGAACGAUCGGCUCUUUAUGGAUAUAGAAGGGUAAACUCUUAUGGAGCCGACACUAUAUUAGAUCUUCUAUUAGUUUAUCGGAAGUACCGGGGCAGGAAAGUCACUCUUCCCGUCAGACGACACAUUUAUCUCCAUCAACAUUUCACUGGAUUAGAGAUACGCGAGACAGUAAAUGGCGUUGAGGUCCAAUCUCGUCAGAAAUCAGAUGAUAAGUCUAUUCACAGUUUAUUUCAUCGUGGCUUUCUAAACCUGAAUUUUAACUCGGAAGAAGAAGAAGAUUCGAUACGAAGCAAGACUAUCAAUUUUAUCGUACCUCUGUCAGGUCGCUACGAAAUCUUCCAAAGGUUUCUUCAGAAUUACGAAGACAUCUGUUUGACUAGCGGUGAAAAGACGGCUCUGCUCGUCGUACUUUAUCCGCACAAAAGCGAAAACUCUUUCAACAAGACGAUAGAUCUGAUCGAGCGGCUCAAGUACAAAUAUCGCACUGCCAACAUAGAGAUUCUGCCAAUUUCCGGAGAUUUUUCCAGAGCCAAAGCCUUAGAUUUGGGUGUGUCGAAACUACAGGCCGAUGAUCUGAUGUUGUUCAUCGACGUGGACAUAGUAUUCACGAGUUCGGCAUUGAAUAGGAUACGAUUGAACACACUACCAGGUCGGAGAAUGUACUUUCCGAUCGUUUUCAGCCAAUAUGAUCCCAAGGUAAUUUAUGGUAAGACCGCAAAGCAAGACAAGUUUAUCAUAAAUGAGAUCUCUGGACACUGGAGGCAAUAUGGAUUCGGAAUCGUCUCUCUAUAUAAGAGAGAUUAUCAAAUCGUGGGCGGUCUGGAUCUCUCGAUUCAGGGAUGGGGCAAGGAGGACGUGGAAUUUUUCGAGAAGGCGGUAAAAUCGGAUGUCGAUGUCUUCAGGGCAGCGGACAGACAUCUUGUGCACGUGUAUCAUGAAAUAGAAUGCAGCAGGGAGCUUGCUAACCUGCAAUUGUCCAUGUGCAUUGGAUCCAAGACUGACACAUAUGCCGGGGUCGAGACUUUAGCUGGUAUGAUUUACGCUAAUCCGAACAUAUUGCGCUUUGCCAAAGAGAGGAGACAAAAGAGGACUAAUCCUGCUGGUUAAUCUUCGAGUCUGUGAAAUAAAAGUGAUAAAAUCUGUGAAAUGGGCUAUCGAAAAUAAUAUUGUUCUGAGAAACAAUUUACUUUAAUUUUAUUAUAAAUUAUAUAAGGGAUCUGUAAAUAAUAUGUAUCCCAUCAAGAUAAAAAAUAUUUUUCUUGUUACAUUUUGGUUUUAGUCGUGGGGUUCAUCUUAUAAUGUGUCGAUGAACUAUCGGACGUUCUGAACUUCGGUGCCAGAAUAUUUCGUCAUUAUUUAAGUAUUGUAAAUAUAGAGUGCGAGAUUGUGUGAGACGAACAAAUAAAGAUUAAUGCACUCUAAUGAUUCACUGCGUGGCAAAAUGUAUAUAACGUAUCAAAGCUUUGAUUGAGAGCGCAAAGUUUUGAUUAUGAAGAUAUUAUGUGUAAUGAUAUUCGGAAAGAAUAGAUCUGGAAGAGUCAAUGAAAAUCACCAAAGUCACAAGUUACAUAUUAGUAGAAUUUUAUGAAAAAUAAUUUCCAUUUUUCGUUGCUAAUUUAUA